AGCAUAUGAUGUGCUCAUAACGGUGCCAACUAGUCGUUCCCAAGCAGGCGAAGGUCAGUCCCAAUGUCCUUGAAGCUCAUGCCUCGCGUGGCCUUUGGCUGUUGGGAGUUGCCUGCCGGGCAAGUUGAGGACGUGGUGUACGAGGCCAUCAAGGCGGGCUAUCGGCACAUCGACAGCGCCGAGAUCUAUGGCAACGAGGUGGAAGUUGGCAAAGCUUUCGCCAGAGCCUUUGCCGAGAAGCUGGUGACUCGCGCUGACCUCUUCAUCUGCUCGAAGCUUUGGGCGACCGACUGGAGCCAAGUCAGGGCGGCGUGCGAGAAGUCCAUCGCGGCCCUGCAAUGCGAGUACCUGGACCUGUACCUCAUCCACACCCCCAUCGGUUUUGAUACCUCCGCCCCGAAGGACGCCAAUGGCAAGACAGCUCGGGCAAAGAUCCCGGUGUAUCGUGUCUGGGCGGACAUGGAGAGCCUCGUGGAUGCCAAGCUCUGCCGCCACAUCGGUGUCUCGAACUUCUCCUGCCUCCAGAUUGCCGAUAUCCAGACCUACGCCAAACAUCCCAUCGCCUGCAACCAGCUGGAAAUCCACCCCUCCUACCCGAACCGUGCGCUGGCUGACUGGUGCCUGUCGCAGGGAGUGGCGGUGGUGUGCUACUGCCCCUUGGGCGCGGGCAAGACCCGCGACAUCGAGCUGCCGGCGCUGAAGGCCGCCGGCGCCGGCGCUGAAAAAGGCGCCGGCGCCGCGGCCUCGCCGGCCCUCGCCGCGCUGCGCUGGGCGCUGGACAAGAACUACCACGUCAUCACGAAGAGCACCAACCCGGAGAGGAUGAAGGCGAACCUCCUCGCCGACUGCGACUCAUGGUCCUUGUCCCCGGAGCAUACCGCUGCGAUUGAUGCGGUGGCCGGGACUUCCAUGGACAUGGCCUUUAAGAUCUGCAAUCAUGCCGAAGAGUUUGGCCUUCCUCUGUACCACUGAUCGCUGGUGCAUUGUGAUUGAACUUCGACGAUUGCUGCAGCCGGGCCGGGCCAUCUUGAAUUCUACAAGAGAAUGCAUAGAAGGUCUCUUUCGCCAAACCAUCGAUUGCGGAACAU